CAACUGGUGAAGCAACUUCUGCGGGUCGCAGGCGGUCCAGAGGACUACUCGAGCAAAGCCGUUGUCCAGAUUCCCAAGCUGGCCAAGUCUAAAUGUGAUGGCUGUGCUGCCGGCCCCUCCGAAGCUGCUGGGAGUGCUCCUUACCUUUUCCCUGGGCUCCAUCAGGCUUGUGCAGGCCGGCGCCUACUAUGGGAUCAAGCCACUACCACCUCAGAUCCCACCACAAAUUCCACAAUACCAGCCCCUGGGCCAGCAAGUACCUCAUCUGCCUCUGGGUGCAGAUGGCCUUAGCAUGGGCAAGGAGCUGCCUCACAUGCAGUAUGGCAAAGAGUAUCCUCAUCUACCCCCGUACAGGAAGGAAAUGCAGCCGUUGCCAAGAAUGGGCAAGGAAGUGGCACCCAAGAAAGGCAAAGCUGAAGUACCAGUUGCCAGUUUACGAGGGGAGCAAGGUCCCCGAGGAGAGCCUGGCCCCCGAGGACCACCUGGGCCCCCCGGUUUACCAGGCCACGGGAUUCCUGGAACCAAAGGAAAGCCGGGGCCACAGGGAUACCCAGGAAUCGGGAAGCCGGGAAUGCCUGGGAUGCCGGGAAAGCCUGGCGCCAUGGGAAUGCCGGGAGCGAAAGGUGAAAUCGGACCCAAAGGGGAGAUUGGGCCCAUGGGCAUCCCGGGGCCACAGGGCCCUCCGGGUCCGCAUGGACUUCCAGGCAUUGGGAAGCCAGGAGGCCCAGGGUUACCAGGGCAGCCAGGUGUAAAGGGCGAGCGAGGACCCAAAGGACCCCCAGGCCCUCCCGGCCUCCAGGGGCCUAAAGGAGAAAAGGGCUUUGGGAUGCCAGGUUUGCCGGGCCUGAAGGGGCCUCCCGGGAUGCACGGUCCCCCUGGCCCCGUAGGCCUGCCCGGCGUGGGCAAACCCGGGGUGAUAGGCUUCCCCGGCCCCCAGGGACCCCUGGGAAAGCCUGGUCCUCCGGGUCAGCCAGGGCCACAAGGCCCCAUUGGGGUGCCAGGGGUUCAAGGACCUCCCGGGAUGCCCGGAGUCGGAAAACCAGGCCAGGAUGGACUCCCUGGUCAGCCAGGAUUCCCGGGGGGCAAAGGGGAGCAAGGGCUGCCCGGGCUGCCGGGCCCCCCAGGCAUUCCAGGGAUUGGGAAACCAGGCUUCCCCGGAGCCAAAGGUGACAAGGGCAUCGGGGGUCUGCCAGGGCCUCUGGGGCCCCGAGGGGAAAAAGGACCCGCAGGCCCCCCUGGGAUCGGGGGUCCCCCUGGAGAACCAGGACUGCCGGGACUCCCAGGUCCCAUGGGCCCUCCCGGCGCUAUUGGCUUUCCGGGCCCCAAAGGAGAGGGUGGGAUUGCGGGGCCCCAGGGCCCCCCGGGGGCCAAGGGGGAGCCAGGGCUUCAAGGCUUCCCGGGGAAGCCUGGAUUCCUAGGAGAAGUGGGGGCCCCGGGCAUGCGGGGCUUGCCAGGCCCGUUGGGGCCCAAGGGAGAAGCGGGCCACAAAGGUUUGCCUGGUCUCCCGGGGGCCCCAGGGCUUCUCGGACCAAAGGGAGAACCCGGCAUCCCGGGAGAUCAGGGGUUACAGGGGCCCCCGGGCAUCCCAGGGAUCACAGGCCCCAGUGGUCCUAUUGGGCCUCCGGGAAUUCCAGGCCCCAAAGGGGAGCCAGGCCUCCCCGGGCCCCCCGGGUUCCCGGGGGUGGGGAAGCCAGGAGUGGCCGGGCUGCACGGCCCCCCAGGGAAGCCAGGGGCCCUGGGCCCUCAAGGUCAGCCUGGCCUCCCGGGACCCCCGGGCCCUCCGGGGCCUCCAGGCCCCCCAGCCGCGAUGCCCCCGACACCACCGGCCCACGGAGAGUAUCUGCCAGAUGUGGGGCCUGGGAUCGACGGGCUGAAGCCCCCGCAUGCCUACGGGGCGAAGAAAGGGAAGGCCGGGGGUCCCGCCUAUGAGAUGCCCGCGUUCACCGCUGAGCUGACCGCGCCCUUCCCACCCGUCGGGGCGCCCGUGAAGUUCGACAAGCUGCUCUACAACGGCAGGCAGAACUACAACCCGCAGACGGGCAUCUUCACGUGCGAGGUGCCCGGGGUCUACUACUUCGCCUACCACGUUCACUGCAAGGGGGGCAACGUGUGGGUGGCCCUGUUCAAGAACAACGAGCCCAUGAUGUACACGUACGACGAGUACAAGAAGGGCUUUCUGGACCAGGCGUCUGGGAGCGCCGUGCUGCUGCUCAGGCCCGGGGACCGCGUGUUCCUCCAGAUGCCCUCGGAACAGGCUGCCGGCCUCUACGCCGGCCAGUACGUCCACUCCUCCUUUUCAGGAUAUUUAUUGUAUCCCAUGUAAAAACACACACACCAUAAAUAAAUAAAUACACAGAGAUUUAAUAGAAGAAAAGAACACGCCACCACAAUCGGGUGGAUAAAUGUAAUUAACUGCUUUAAAACUUGUAUUUAGUCGAAAAGUUCUAUUUAACUGAAAAUUUGAACCCUCGUGUACAAAUAAAAAAUAAAAACUGAGAUGCA